AUGAAGAAGGAGCAAUCGUUGUUGCAUAUUUUAUGUCAAGAAAGGAUUUACGUUGGACAGCCACUGAAAAUAUUGGUGGAAGUGAAUUUCAUCCGUUCAACACCAAUCACUUCAUUGACCGGUUUCUUUAAAGGUCAAUUUCAUACAAAAAUUUCCAAUCAGAUAGAAUUCCGGCAAAUUGUUGCAUUCAAAAUCGGAUUUGAUACCCUCACACGACAAUGGCCUAUAGAAAAUGGUGAAAUUUAUGUACCAGCUGGUAAACAUACAGCUGAAACAAAUUUAGCAAUAGGACAAGAAUGCCCGGGAAGUUAUUUGGGCAAAUAUGGUUCUAUCGAAUAUUUCAUCGCUGUUGAGUUAUGUAUCCCUGAUCGACCGAAGUUAAUACAAAUGCGCCCAGUGAAAGUGAUCGCAGUUAUGGAUAUCACUCGUUAUCUGCCAUUUCACAUACCAGUUCACAUCGAACGAUAUUUUCAUAAGAAACUUCUCUGUCUCAAUAAAUCUUCUAUCAAAGUUUUUAUCAAAAUGUCAAAAGCAGCGUUUGUUCCAGGUGAAAUGAUUGUUGUUGAUGGUGAAAUUGGUAAUGAAUAUGGAAAAAAUUCAAUCAAAGGUGGUAUUGUGAGACUUAUUAUGGUUGUACGAUUUCGUUGUAAAGGCAAUGAAAAGUUUACGAAUAAGACGCUGUCAUAUUUUAUGCUUCCAUUUAUUCCACAAUGUUCGAUUAUUGCAUUUCAACACUUUUUGCAAAUACCAAUUAAUGCAUUUCCAACUUAUUGCCACCCUGAUGCACUUAUCAAUUUAUCCUAUCAUAUAUCAGUAAUGCUCAACGAAUGUAAACCAAUUAAAAUACCACUAAUUAUUGGUACUGGAAUUCCCAUUCAAUUCAUUAACACUCAGAAUUAUCCAUCUUCAUUGUUAUCUAUUGCUAAUUUUUCAACAAUGCUACUACAAUCACAGACAUUUCCGCCUUUGAUCAUCAAUUCAUUGCAACAUUUACCGCCAUCAACACUUUCAAUUCCAUCAUUUCUGCUAUCAGUCUCUUCACCUUUUUCAUAUUCAGAAUUUGACAAGUCAUUGGACAGUACUGUAUUUUCAUCUUGCAAAUGCAAUCAGAUAGAUCACUCACAGGUAACUUUUACCCCGGGAGAAUUCCCAAUAACUCGUUACAAAGGGCAAUCUAUACUGAGGAUAGAAGAGAUUGAAUGA